AUGAUUUAUGGUGGCUUCGAGUGUCUUCUUGUUUGGAGUUGCUGCGCUGGUCUUUUCCUGUAUCCAAUUAGCUUGUGCGAGUGCAAGCCUCGUCUGUCCUUGCUCGAUGUAAAGCCUGGAGAACACCUCAUCGGAAUCCCGUCUUUAAGUGCAGAUUCCAGCCCUGCGUUUGGAAGAGAGCUUCUUAGCACGAUAAUGCUGUCUUCCACUCUUCCCGCUGCUCCACAACGCGGCCGGAGGCUGCUGUUGCUUGAUGAGUUGGCACCCGUGGCCUCGCCGAACUCGCGGGGGCGCAGCUCUUACGACGCCGACGUGAUCAUGAUCCUGGCCGUCGUCCUCUGCGCGCUUAUCGGCGUCGUCGUCGCGAGCUUCGUCGUCCGGUGCGUGCUCCGCGUCGCGCGGUGGGCGUGGCUGGAACCGCACGCUGCCCGGCCGUGUCUUGCCGACCUCCCGGUGGCAGCGGCAGCCGCUCGCGUCAAGGAGGAACAGGCCGCCACCGCGGGCUCCGGCCUGAUCGUGUACUUGGGCGAGCCGGUCGGGGGGUCGGAGUGCGCGAUAUGCCUGUCGGAGUUCGCGCCCGGCGAGCGCGUCCGCGUGCUACCCGGCUGCAACCACGGCUUCCACGUCCACUGCAUUGAUCGUUGGCUGGCGUCCCGGCUCUCGUGCCCGACGUGCCGGCGGAGCCUGUUCGGCAAGUGCAGCGCCGCUUCGGACGGCGAUCACGCAGUUCACUAGUAGUCAGAUGUGCGUAUCACAGUGUGAAGUGAAGCGGUCUGUGAUUUCGUCUUCAUGAGUCCAUGAAUUGAUGUGCAGUUGGUGUAAGGAUUUAAGCGGGCAGGUGUCUUCCACGA